AUGUUUCUGCGUGUGCAGCUGCUAGCGCUGGCCCUGGCCGUGGCGCUGGUGCAAAGUUCGAGCGCAUACUACAGUGGGCCGUUCCUAUUUUGGGGACUGGAUGAUCUGAAGGACCUGCAAACCCCAGCGCUGACCGAGCUGGACGAUAAGAUGCUGCGGGAUCUCUACUCGAACGCGGCCGCUGUGGUCGUUUUCCUCCGCAACGGCACGACCAAACUGUCGGCGGAUAAUUUCCCCACGUUCAAGCGCAUUGUGGAAAAGUACGAAUUUAUGUACAGCCCGCAGCAAAUGUUGAGCUCCAAUCCGCUCGAUUACAACGUGAAUGCUGAGGUUAUCAACCUUGUUGGAUCCCCGUCCCAGCAGGAUGUAGAGCUGUCGGCACUGUUCCGCGACUCGACGGAAAACUAUGGCGAACGGAAGGUGCUGGGAAUUCUGGCCAACCAGUGGGAGGAACCGCACGUGCUGCACAAGCGCGAAGCUAAGGGUGGCGACGAGCCCUACUCGACCAGCAGUACCACACCCGGCAGCCCAACGGAUGAGCCGGAAAUAGCCGACUCCAUCUACAACGUGCCGGGCAAAGCGAUCCUUUACAUGACCGGUCCGCCGGUACUGAAGAUGUUGAACGAUUCGGAUGAGGGUGAAACUACGCACGUGCUGGACAAACAUACGCUCGCGACAUACGAUGCACGGGAGCGCGAAAGUAAAAUGAUUGUCACGUUCAAGGUGGACGAUUCGACGAAGCUUACACUGAAGUUCCGCUUCGACAUGGAUGCUGGGUAUUGGUCGAUGUCCAAGGUGGAUGUGUUUGUGAUGGACACCAAGAGCAAGGACGGUGCCAAGUCUCUCGAUACGACCCUCGAUCUGGAGGGUAAGGCACCGUACGCACCGCUGGGCGCAUCGUACUCUUGCGCCCGUCAGCUAGUAUUCCGCAAUGGCACCACCGUCCUGACGCUCGAGAACAUUCAGGUCCAGCCAGCUCUGGAUGGGAAGACCAAGUUUGACAGUGCCUGGGACUGUGUCGGGUUUACCACGGCCCCGAUCCUGUCCGGCAUCUUCGUGACGUCCUUCAUGCUGAUCGGGCUGACCAUUGCGAUCAUUGCAAUACUGGACAUCAAAACACCGAACCGGUUCGAAUCCCGCACCGGAAAGCAGUUGACAUUCACGGUCCAGGAGUAA